AUGUUGAACGAUGUUGAAAAGCAAUAUUUACAUAACGUGAUGCAAUUCGUGCUAUCAUCUGUUAAGUAUCAUCAAGCUUUGAAAUAUCUACUUCCACUGGCUCAUGAUAACAAGCCAGUACUAUACGCUCUGUGCGCAUGGGGAGCCUCUUUGCGUCCGGAGGAUUCUACAAAAGGAUCGUCUUUGUUAUUGAAGUCAAUGAGCUUAUGCGAUCGACUCUAUGGAGAAGUUGUACAAUCCAAAACCAACGUUUCACAGCAAAAGCUUCUCGAGCUAGCAGUAAGUCUAACAAGUCACGUUAUUGUUGGUUCCUCUAUAGGAAGCUCUUUUGCUUGGAGCUCAAACUUCUUCAAACUCUGCAUACUCUAUAAAAAAUUUGGCCUUCAUGCAUUUGAAAAGAAUCCCAAGAAUACUGACUUUACCACCUGGUUACUUCGUUCCUUUUUUUACCAUGAUGUGUUGAAGCUCACUUCGAGAAGAAACUCUAAGACUGCUUUUCCAUUGUCUGAAUAUAAAAGAAUAUUGGAUCUUGAGAACAGCCCCAGCCGAGAUGUCUCAAUGGAUCAGUACAACCCUUUGAUGGGCUGCUGUGUGGAACUAUUCUUGCUCUUGGCAGAGCUUAACAAUUUUUACGACGAAUACAGCAGGCGAGUCGAGGCACUUUUCGUAUACUAUAAUCGGCUAAAUCCUCUGCUUGAAACAAAUGAUACGAAUGCUCAGUACGAGAUUAUCACAGGUCCUGAGUAUCUCGAAUAUGAAAAUGCACGCAUAGAAUUUCAUGAUUGGCUUGAUAAUCAAAGCAGGAGUCUGAUGGAUAAAAUCACAUCCGCGAAGCCAAAUCUACCGAAUAUCUCCAGCUUGGAGGACGUUCAGCAGAAUGAAAUUUUGUUGACAUAUUUUGAAGCAACACAAGUCACCUUGCAACUAUUUCUUCUCUCGAAAAUCCGCCGCAUGUCUUCUCUUGAUUAUGAGGUCAAGGGUCUUGUGCUUCAUCUAUUCAGUGCUAUGAGAGUUUUGCUUAACUCGAACCUUAGCCCAUAUUUGUCAUUUCCGUUGUUGAUAGCCGGAGUGGUUGCUGCAGAACGUCACGACCGACUGACAGUGAAAAUGCUAUAUCUCGGAAUCGUGAGCCGCAACGGGGAAACGAAUAUACAGCGGAUCUGGACAAUAAUCGAGGAAUUGUGGAGACUGAAUCCAGAUGGAAAUCAGCACUUAGAUUGGCAGAGUGUCAUUGACCGACUGGGCUACAACAUAUGUGUUUGGUAG